UCUCUUGACAUUACUCAAUUUGGCAAAGGACGUUAUUACUAACACAUACCAUAUAAUCCAUCUUAAUUUCUUGCUCUUAUCAUGGGUAUUUGUCAACGACCUUUGAUUUCUUCUCUUGAGUUUCUUAACAAGUGUGAUUUAAGUGAUCCUUUGUGGACAAAAGUUUUAGAAAAAGACCAAUACAUGACUAGAAGGAGAUAUUCAUGGCUAAGCAGGAAAGCAAAUGGAGGGCAUAUGAGGAAAGAAAGAUGCAGAAGAGUUUUAAUGAAAAGAAGGGUACGUGUAGAAGGUUAUAGAAGAUCAAGCAACGAGAUUGAAAGGAAAGUUAAGAUCCUGCAGAAGUUGAUUCCAAAAUGUGAUUCAUCAUCAUCAAUGGGCUUGGAGAGGCUUUUUAGAGAGACAGCUGAUUAUAUUUGGGCUUUAGAAAUGAGAGUUAAGAUCAUGAAGAUUAUUGUUAAUGUGUUAUCAGCUCCUGAUAGUAACUAGGGCAUGACUCAUUUUGUAAAGCCAAAAAAAAAAAGGAAUUAUUUUUAUUUGUCCAUUCUAUUUUACUUUAAAUUACUCAGAGAUUAUUCAUCUUCUCGAUUUUUCUUUGUGAAGAUUAGGUAGCAAUUGCAGUUAAAGGUCUGCGGACAUGCAUAAUGACAUGAUGCCAUGGUAGUCAAGCCAGCUCGGUCUUUGUGAGAGCUUGCUGAUUAUCAUUAUUUUCUAUUGUGUGAAAUUUGACUUAAUUAAAGUUAAUGAUUAGUAUUUUCAUUUCACUGGGUAUUAUUCACUUAUGUGAG